AUGGUGUUCAACCUCACGUACGUCACAUCCAUCCUCAUAUACCUGUCUUCCUUUGCUGGCAUGAUCGGCAACCUCACUGUGAUCUUCGCCUUCAUCAGCAAUGCAGUCCGGCAAAAGGUGCUCCAGCCUCUGGACCGGAUCAUCGUCAACAUGGCUCUGGUGAACUUUUUUCUCUGCUGCUACAAGGUAAUCCCCGGGCUCCUUCUCUUCAGCAGCACCAAAGUCUUUGGCGAACUGGGCUGCAGGAUUCUCCUCUAUACGUACCACACGCUAAGGCUGGUCAGCAUCUGGUCCGUGGAGAACCUGAGCUUCCUGCACCUCAUCAAGAUCCGGAGGCCCAACCACCGGUGGUCCAAGUUCAUCUACAGGUACCAGGGGCAAUACGUCAACGGCACCCUCGUCAGCUCCUGGAUAUGCAGCAUUCUCUUGCAGAUCCCCUACAUGCAGUAUGAGAAGACAGCGGGCAGGAAAAACAAGACCGUCGCCUUCCUGGCCACCUCCACCUGUCUGAGAUACACAGAGAGCUUUGCCAUGCAGUUCACCACGUAUGCCUCAGUCAGCUUGGACUUUGUUUUCAUCCUGCUCGUCAUUAUCCUCAACGGCUUCAUCAUCGACCUCCUCUGGAAGCAUAGCCGGAAAGUGAAGGCCAGCACCUCCAUCACCAGCAGCGGCUGGAACAAGCACACUGCACAAGCCACAAAAGUCCUGCUUUCGCUGCUCUCCAUAUAUGUGGUCUGCUGGAUCUCCAAUGACGUCGUCUGGAUCGCCAUUGUCUCGGGCUACAUCAAGAGCAGUUUUGAGAACAGUGUCCUCAACACGCUCUACGGCAUCUUGUCUUCCAUUUACUACUCUGCUAGUUCCUAUGUUGUGGUGUUCGGCUACAGGAAAGUCAGAGAGUACCUGCUAGAAGCUUGCUGGGGCCUGAGCUGCACGAGGCCCACCUUGGUUCAGAGCAUGUCCUAG